CGUCCAGGCCGCGCUCAUCACGAUGGACGUGCCCCUCGUCUGCGACUACGGCUCGGGCUUCAGCAAGGUGGGCUUUGCGGGCAUGGAAACCCCCCUGGCCGUGUUCCCCACCCUCCUCGGGAAACUUCGACACGACAAUCCGCUGGUGGGGAUGGGCGAGGAGGACUGGUUCCUCGGAGACGAGGCUCAGCAUAAGCGAGGGGAACUUAGCCUACAAUAUCCCAUCUCCCGGGCAACCGUCACGAACUGGGCCAACAUGGAGAAGAUCUGGCAUCACUCCUUCUACGAGGUGCUCCGCGUCGCCCCGGAACAGCAUCCUCUCAUGGUGACGGAGCCGCCUUUAAACACAAUGUCCAACAAAGAGAAGAUGUCACAGAUCCUGUUUGAGACCUUCAACGUGCCCGCCCUGUACUUAGCCAACCUGGGAGUCCUUUCUCUAUACGCCUCCGGCCAGACCUCCGGAACAGCCAUGGAGUCUGGAGAAGGAAUGACGUACUUUGUGCCCAUCAUUGAUGGCUGUCCUUUGCAUCAGUCAACCAUCCAGAUGGGCAUGGCAGGCCAAGACCUAACCUCGUAUCUCCUGCAACUACUGACAGACAGUGGGCACUCGUUGGUGAGCACAGGCGACCGGGAGUACGUCCGGAGCAUAAAAGAACAAUACUGCUAUGUGGCUUUGGACUUUGACAAGGAAAAAGCAAAAACGGACUCGCCUUCCUACGCCCAGAAAGUUCAGCUGCCCGACGGCCAGGAGGUCACCCUCGGGCAGGAGAAGUUCUUCUGCCCCGAAGUGCUUUUCCGGGCGGACCUCAUGGGGAGAAACGACCUGGGCAUCCAUAUGAAGGCCUUCCAGAGCAUCAGCUCCUGCAGCCCCGCCCUCUGGAAGAUUCUCUUCGGCCACAUUGUCUUGUCUGGAGGUACCGGCUCCUGUUCCGGCCUGCGGUUCCGGAUGCAGAGAGAAAUAUCCACCCUGGUUUCCCCUACAAUUAACGUGAAGGUAUCCACCUGCCCCAACUCCACGUAUGGCGCCUGGGUGGGGGGUUCCAUCCUGUGCUCGCUUUCCACCUUCAAGGACAUGUGGGUCACCAGCCAGGAGUAUAAGGACAUCGGUUCCUCUGUCAUCGGCAGGAGAAGCUUCUGAUUUGUGGCUUUGUGGAUGCCAUCUUCUGGCCCACCAAUGCCAACUCCACCUUGGCCGGGCUGAUCAGUGCUGAGAACCAGCUCGAACGUGAGGGUGGCCAGUCCUCCCCGGACUUCCAUCAACCUGGUCAAUAAAGGACAGACAGUCUGGGCAAGGCUGGCAACAUCUUGGGAUAACGCUCACGGGCAGUCGCUUUGUUGAUGCAAGGUGACGAAGGGGAGGGGAUUUCUGCCGACCCCCGUGGAUUGGUCAGCAUGGCUGAAUGUGUGGCAGCAAGGGACAUCCCCCGGGCUCAGUGCCAUAAACAAAAGUCUGUUUCCCACUCAUGCUGCAUGUCCGUUGAAGGCCAGCGGGGCUCUUUCCUAGAUUGUCUUCACGGCAGAAUCUGACCCACAGAGCAGACCCCGUCUGGAACAUUGUCAUUUACUGGGGGUGAGCACAAGAGUGCCCGGUGGGCCUUUCACUGGCAAUGAAACACUCCAGCCGGACAGGGACACAGGGCACAUCUGCCCACAGUUAAUUGUCUGGAGCAAGUCACACAGCCCCCAAGCACCACAGGGGCUGGGAAGUGCCAUCCUUCUGCAGACGUGACACCCCAAAUGGGAAGGAUGAAGCACGUGCUCUGGUUCAGGAGGGCACUGUUGGGGCGGCAAGGGGUUGGUGUCCUUCUGGUGGCUUUAAUCCUCAUGCCCGGCUGUGAGAUUGGUUUAUUAAGGCUGAUUUCAUGAUGCAGGAACUGAAGCUAACAGAGGCUAAUUAACUUGGUGAAGGUCAUUACACAAUGACUAGGAGUUCAAAUCUGUGGAUAAACCUUGUAGGGGUACAGAGGGUGAGCAUUACAGGGGAGAAGGAACCACAGACAGUGCAGAAGCAUUUCCCCCACUGAAGACACGUUUUCCAUGUGGACAGAGCCCUGGGAGAGUCCCACACACAGACGCUGCCUGAUGACACUUCCGAGCAUGGAAGGCGAUGAAUAAAUUCUAGAGGCAGUGAGAGAAAACAGCAGCAAACAAAGAAUCCGGUGAAGAAAUGGGCAAAAGACAUGAACAGACACUUUUCCAAAGAAGACAACCAGAUGCCCAGCAGACACAUGAAAAGAUGCUCCACAUCACUCAUCAUCAGGGAAAGACAAAUCAAAACCACACUGAGAUACCACCUCACACCUCUCAGAAUGGCUCACAUUGACAACUCAGGCAACAACAGAUGUUGGCGAGGAUGCCGAGAGAGAGGAUCUCUUUUGCACUGCUGGUGGAAAUGCAAACUGGUGCAGCCACUCUGGAGAACGGUAUGGAAGUUCCUCAAAAAAAUUAAAAAUAGAACUACCCUCUGACCCGGCAAUUGCAUUACUAGGUACUUAUCCAAGGGAUACAGGUGUGCUGUCUCGAAGGGACACAUGCACCCCAAUGUUUACAGCAGCACUAUCGACAAUAGCCAAAGUACAGAAAGAGCCCAAAUGGUCAUCGAUGGAUGAAUGGAUAAAGAAGAUGUAGUGUGUACACACACACACACACACACACACACACACACACACAGGAAUACUACUCAGCGAUGAAAAAGAAUGAAAUCUUGCCAUUUGUGACAACAUGGAUGGAACUAGAGGGUAUGAUGCUAAGUGAAAUUAGUCAGAGGAAGACAGAUCUCUUAUGAUUUCACUCAUGUGGAAUUUGAGAAACAAAACAGUCGAACAUAAGGGAAGGGAAGCAAAAAUAAGACAAAGGCAGAGAGGGAGGCAAACCACGAGAGACUCUUAAAUACAGAGAACACACUGAGGGAUGCUGGUGGGGCUUUGGGUGGGGGGAUGGGCUAAGUGAGUGACGGGCACUGAGGA